CCGGGUUAUAUAGCGGAUGUGUGCCGCAGACCGGCAGAUUAGCCCGGCUCAACGCGCCAUUGAGAGCAGCUCGAUUCAUUUUUAGCUGAACGGACAAGGCUCCUGCUUUAACAACCACCGGCUCUUUUUCGGUCCUUUGUUUCCUCGGAAUUUAACCGGCUCGGUUCUCGUGUACUGUGCGACUCUUCAGUCCUUAAGGAAUGCCCAGAGAGCUGACCCAGAACAGGAUCCAAAAGAUCUGGGUGCCCACCAAGGAUGACAAGCCGGCACCUCGCAGAGUGGCCGGCGCCCCUCACUUCGCCAACCCCCCCACGGUCAUCGUGAUGGUGGGUCUUCCGGCUAGAGGCAAGACAUACAUGUCCAAGAAACUCACCCGCUACCUCAACUGGAUCGGCAUGCCCACCAAAGUCUUCAAUGUGGGAGAGUACCGCAGAGAGGCGGUCAAGAACUACAGCUCCUAUGACUUCUUCAAGCCUGAUAAUGAGUGUGCCGUGAAAAUCAGGCAGCAAUGUGCCUUAGCAGCCUUGAGGGAUGUCAAAUCCUAUUUGAAGGACGAGGGAGGCCAAGUAGCGGUCUUUGAUGCCACAAACACAACAAGGGAAAGGCGAGACAUGAUCCUGCAGUUUGGCAGUGAGAAUGAUUUCAAAAUCUUUUUCAUCGAGUCCGUGUGCGACGAUCCCAGCGUCAUCGCGUCGAACAUCAUGGAAGUGAAGGUGUCGUGUCCUGACUACCGGGACUGCAACAAGACUGAUGCCAUGUUGGAUUUCCAGAGAAGAAUUGAAUGCUACAAAACCAGCUACGAACCUCUGGACCCUGAUCAGUAUGACAGAGAUCUCUCCUUCAUCAAGGUGAUAGAUGUGGGCCGGCGUUUCCUUGUUAACCGGAUCCAGGAUCACAUCCAGAGUAAGAUCGUCUACUACCUGAUGAACAUCCACGUUCAGCCCCGCACCAUCUACCUGUGUCGGCACGGAGAGAGCACCGACAACCUGGAGGGGCGGCUGGGCGGUGAUGCAGGCCUCUCACCUCGUGGCAAACAGUUUUCAGUUGCCCUGGCUCGGUUUGUGGAGGAGCAGCAGCUGCAGGAUCUGAAGGUUUGGACAAGCCAGCUGUGCAGCAGCAUCCAGACUGCAGAGCACCUGGGAGUCCCGUACGAGCAGUGGAAGGCUCUCAAUGAGAUAGACGCUGGACUGUGUGAAGAGAUGACGUAUGAUGAGAUGAAGGAGAAAUUCCCAGAGGAGUUUGCUUUGAGAGAUGAAGACAAAUACUACUAUCGCUACCCAGCUGGAGAGUCCUACCAAGAUCUGGUUCAGCGGGUGGAGCCGGUCAUCAUGGACCUAGAGAGGCAAGAGAACGUCCUGGUUAUUUGUCACCAGGCUGUCAUGCGCUGCCUGCUGGCCUACUUCCUGGAUAAAAGUGCAGAGGAGAUGCCCUACCUGAAGUGUCCCCUCCACACGGUGCUGAAGCUCACCCCGGUCGCCUAUGGGUGCAAAGUGGAGUCCAUCUCUCUAAAUGUGGAGGCAGUGAACACCCACAGGGACAGACCGGAGGUAAUGCUUCAUAAACUGAUUACUGGAAAUGUUCUGCUGGACCCUUACAAAGGGAAAUGGAAAGAACUUGAUAAAGCUUGGGAGGUGAAGAGGGGUCCUGGCACCUUGAUCAGGAGGAACAGUGUGACUCCUCUGACCAGCCCCGAGACAAACAUCAAGAAACCUCGCAUCGAUGACCUGGAUGAGGCUCCAAUCCAGGAGCUGCCCCCGUCUGUUGCCUCGCUGGCACUCUGCAGCCCCUCACACAUCCCUCUCGCCCUAGCGGGACAGCACUGGCUGGGCAAAGUUUGCCUACGAACCGUCCUCCAAUAUCUGAAAGUGGUUUCACUCUUAGUCUUUCAAAGAACCUGAGGAGAAGCUCAUCUGGUCGCCGAGAUGUCCUGCAGCCCUGCCAAUGAAAUUGCAAGAAUGUGUCAUGUGGCUCUAGAGGCCGGAAAGUGGAUCGCUGACAAAGACUCAAUGAAGGCAAUAACACAAAACACCAAGGAAGAGUAAAAUUGAAGAGUUACUUUUCAACAUUCUCAUUAAAUGUAUCAUUUUGCCAGCCGAGAACACAAGUAACUUUUUUCCUCUUUCAUUCAAAAAGGACCAUGGUUAAUUAAUCACUGUCCUAUUUAUGUUCAAGGAUAUGUCUUGCUACUGUCAGACAUUUUCUUUUUGAGAAUGAAGAAUCUGUGUUUUUUGGGAAACCUUUCCAAACGUCGUGCAUUUAAUUCAUUCAGAAUGAAGGAAGCUAACUGUGACUCAUUUAAAUCGACAGUCAUUCCUUUUACAUCUCACUCCUCAGAUGGCUCUCUGGGAAACCAGUCUCUGCUGGUUUAUUGUUUAGGAGAGACCAAAGACCAACCCUCAUACCUGGAUAAAUCUUUCAGCCCAUCAUUGUUUUUUCAACUUAUGGUUGCACUGGUUUUAAGUGAAGGAUUUAGUAUUUAGUUUACAUUGUAAACUCUUUGGCACUUCUUUGGAAGCACUGGUGUCAUUAUUUAAUUGACUCCUUUGUAUGCUGACACUAAAAUAAGCGAUUAUUUUGCACAGUGGGGAUAAAUUUGUACUUUUGUUUGUUUUCUGUGUCACUAUGUGUUUUUUCACGUCACGUUACAUCACGGUAAUGGAGGUGAUUUUUGCCGUAGAGUGCCUGUAGUGCUUGUUUUGCAAGCCCGACGCUGCUUCUCUUGCCAUUUCUCUGGAACUGGUUGCUCGAGAAGGGGCACCACAUAUCACCUAAUAACUCCACAUAUCACGUCAAUAUUUUACUUUUCACAGUUUGAAUAUUUAUUUUGCAUUUUGGUUAGUUUCAAUGCUACAGUGCAUGCUGAUUAUUCAACAGAGUUCUUAAUUUUUCAAGUUUGUUUUCCUUGAUUUCCUGUUGCUGUCUGCUACGCACAAAUGUUAGCACUUAUAUUUUUGUUAUUACAACAAUGCGUGCUUUUAAUAAUAUCUUGUAAAUUUUAGUGUACAUACAGUAUAACUGGAAAUGCAUGGGAGAUGACUUUCUUGGGAGUCUUUUAAUGAAAUGACUGUGUAGAAAUAUUUUUGUACUAAUGAAGAACACGAUCUGUUGAGAAAGAAGCCGCUGCUUACCUCUCUCAGUAAAACUUUUGUUAACAUGUUUGCUUGAGAUACUUGAAAUUUGUUUUUUUAAUGUAAAAAUGUUUUAUUAUAUUCUUUAUUUAUUUUUCUGUAGUUUUGGAUGCGUGGAAUGAGAGGCACCUUGAUAUAAUUGAGGGUUAUGCAUGAGAGGACAGUAUGUUGUACAGUUGAUUCUGCAUCUGCUGGACCAAUAAAUUAACUCCUGGAAAAUA